AAAAUUUCAGAACAAAACCUAAACCCUAAAAAAGAAGCUCCCCUCCUCUCAUUCCUCGCGCAUCACUUACUCCCUCAUCAACGUCUCCAUUAAUCUAAACCCCUCAGUGCUCAACUGCUCAUCACGCUACCAUGGAAGGGUAAAGUUAAUGUUUAUGAUGUUGAAGAAGCUGUGAAAGAUCUGUACAAACUUGAAGAUUGGAAAGUAGUUCCAUAGUGAAGGUAAAACAAGUACCGUAAAGAAGAGAAAAAAUGCCCCUCUAUGAUUGUGUGCUGUUAUUGAAACCCCAUAUUAAGAAGGAAGUUGUGAUGGAUUUAGUUGCUAGGGUGGGUAAGCAUGUUUAUGCCAGAAAUGGUGUUCUUACCGAGAUUAAGUCUUUAGGAAAUGUUCACUUGGGUUAUGGUAUUAAGAAGCUUGAUGGAAGAUAUUUUCAGGGACAACUCAUGCAGAUGACAAUGAUGGCAACACCCAAUAUAAACAAGGAGCUUCAUUACUUGAACAAAGAAGACCGACUAUUGCGAUGGCUCCUUGUGAAACAUCGAGAUUCCCAAAAUUGGCUGGACACUAAGAAUUCGCAAGGUUCAAAACGGCAACUUAAGAGGUCCACCUUACUUGGCAGUUACAAUGAUGCAGAUAUGGACGAUGACGACGACGAUGAUGAUGAUAAGUAUGAGCCAGAGAAGAAAGAUUUUUGAGGUUCAUACUUCAUGGGACAUACUAAUCUCAUGCAAUUUCAUGUUAAGGAUCAAGCUUGUUCUUCCAUUUGGUUGAUUUGCUGUUUCACAUGUGUACUUUUUUUCCUUGAAGCAUAAGGGAAUAUGUUGUCUCCCCGAAACUAAUAGUUUUUAUGUUUGGCACAUGGGAUUUGGGAAAGGAAAUAAGACUUUGUUCCAAACAAAAGUUCAAGUCCUUGUUUGUUUGAAGGAAUGGGAAUAGAAAAUGGGUAUAAAAAAUGAGUCUCUGAAAAUUAAACCUUGGAGGAGGGUAGUAAUUGGUGAGACUUUCAUUCUCACCUAUUUCUUCCAAGUUCUUAAUAUCCUAAACAAGGAAUGAAACUUUUAUAUCUUUAAAGUCUCAUCGUAAAGUUUCACAGAUCA